CUGGCAUUCAGCAUGCGACGGUUCCAGCCGUCCCCACCAGCCAGACAACCCCGUUCCCGUUCUCGCGAGCCUGGAGCAAGACGUGCGAGAUCGCCGUCACCCAGAGCGACCAUGUCUACAUUUUCUCGCAGUGAAGAGCAGCCUAGCUCAAACUAUCGAGAAAGUUAUCGCAUCCCUACGCUCCUCGCCCCAUGGGAACACCAUGCGGACUAUGGUCUCAUUCAUCCAUCAGGAUGCGACAUCUGUAGCUCCUAUAUGAAGCAUUGCGCUGAUGCAAGUUACUCUGAGAAUCAGCCAGCUUUUCAGAUGGCUCUUAAAGAACGGAAGCGUUACAACGAGGAAAUAUUUUUGAAUGGAGUCGUCGAAGGGCGGCGCCGUCAGAAGGCAGACGAGAAGGAUUUGUUCGAUGAUGCUGAGCGUUAUCGCCUGGAGCGUAACCAAGCUCGGGAAGAACUCGUCUGCCUUCGCAGCCAGCUUGAGUCAUCCCAAGCUGAGUACGCGCGACUCGAAGAACGCGUUAAGCAGCUGGAGACGACGAGAGCAUCACAGCAAUCGUCUGCCAGUGCUUCUCCUGUGCCCACGCCGGCUGUUGACCAAGCUGUAGCAUCGCAGGCACCCGCAGCAGUCGAGCCAUCGGAACCGGUUUCAUCGUCGUUCGAUAUCGCGAAUCCGAUGGAAAUGCCAUCGCCAGCGACUCCUUUUGAUCAGUCUUCCCUCUACGAUCUCCUUGCCAACGUCACUUCCCAGCCCUCAUCGCCACCAUCCACCACUAUCCCUACCCCAUCGGGUCCCGACCUCGCCACCACCCGUACGUUUGCUACCGUCGUAUCUGCUGGGCAGUCCAACCCCACCACAGCCAAUACCACUCCACAAGCCACAACCAGUGCAUCGCCAGAUCCGGCUUGGACAAUCGUCACACCGCCCAGAGUCUCUAAACCGCCAAAGAGUAUCAAACAGCUCCAGUCACUAAUGAAAGCUGCUCAUCAGCCGGCAAAUCACACAGCCUUGAGAAAAGUUAAAGCUCUGUGCGCCGAAGCUCAUCAGACUGCUCGCGAACAGAAGACGGACAUCCAACGGUACCUUUUGACGAACUGGCGAAGCCCAGACUGGGAAAAUCCCUCUGCUCAGCCCACAUUCCCAGCUCCAUUGAACAACCCUCGUCUCGAGGAUCCUCCUGAACGCUGGGUAGAGUACUAUGCUGCCAACCCCAGUUCAUGUCCUAAAGGAAUUCGUCGUGAAGCAGACGGGCGUCCUGUGCUCUCAGACAUGAAGGCCAGUCGUACAGUAGCUCGGCUCCGACCUCCAAUAAUCCCAGACGAUCCCGAGUCCCGGCAAGCUCGUCAGGACUUUCUGACAGCGACCACUCGAAUUUUCUCAGUACCAGGCGCGUAUGAGACUAUUAUCAGCAGGGCGAAUGUCAGCAUUGCGCCUCAGGUUACUUAUACGCCGUAUUCGAGUGCCGUCGUCGACGUUACUAUCCAGGGUGUCGCUCGUCAUUACGCGGUGUGCGGUGUUAGUUGUUUGAUUGCUGAAAAUGAGCUAGGGCCUUGGGCUAGGGAAUACAUUAAGGAGACCGAUAUCUGACUUUCUCCUGCUCCCUGUGUAUCGAUGGAAUAGGUGUAGGAGCAUGCGAUUGUAUGUACGAAUUAUUCACCCACGUUGCAGGUAGAUUCUUCAUCUCGCGAAGCAUCUGGCAUGUUUUCUUGUAUUCGAUGGACGAUUUCUCCAGUUGUAUACCUGCUAUUGCGUAUUUACGGUGACCCAGCGGUUGUAGUACGGAAGAUAGCACUUGUAUUCGAAUUGUUUGUAAACGAGCUGUAUAUAAAUUGUGUUCGAAGUC